AUGCACCGUUCCUAUCUGGUUUUCAUUAAGUUGUCCUCUCAUGACUCUGAAAUGUAAAAGUCUUUCUCAUCCCGUUUUACAUUUGAACAACAAAGUUUUUGCUAGGCGUGACUAUUUAAAGGUGUUGUAUGUAAUAUAAAGCAGGAUCUAUUGAUAGAAAUGCAAUAUAAUAUACAGAGGUGUAUAAAGACCUUACAUAAUGAAGCGUUAUGUUUUAUUACCUUAUAAUGAGCUAUUUCUAUACACCGCGGGUCCCCUUACAUGGAAUUCAGCAUGUUGUUUCUACAGUAGCCCUAAACGGACAAACUGCUCUACAGAGCGUUUCAUAAAUACUUCAUCUCCUUCAGCAAAGAAGAGAAAACGUAACAACAACUUGGUCCUGUGUCAGCCACUGUAGUGCUUCAAAAGGGAGGGGUUGAGCUGUUGGUUGCAAUUCGCAACAUCACCACUAGCACUAGAUGCCGCUCAAUUUCAUACACUGGACCUUUAAAUCUUAAUGUGUCUUUAAAAAGCAUAUAGUGAUUUUCUCUUUAGAAUUUCUAUUCUUGUUUCAUUGUUGAAAAAAUAAUUUGCCAAUUAGCGUUGAAAGGAAUAUGUAGCUAUUACAAAGUCUCAUAAAGCCAAUCAUCUAACCAACGCCAUAAAGUGCUCUACUUCGCAGCUAAUUCUGGCCACUUACGUGAAACUCUGUCUGGCUACAGGCAGUUCAUCAGUUUUAUUUUCCCAUGCCAUUUCAAUAACUUUCCUCAGAUGCACUCAACAUGGUACUCUCUAAACAUGCUUUUGUUUGCCAAAGGAAUGUUGGAAAUGUCUCCAAGCUCAGAUUACAUAAUGUUAUGAUGUCAAAUGAACAUCAGGUGAUCAUUGAAUGCACUGCGGUUGUGCCGUCUGAGAUAAACAAUGCAAGAACAUUGCGAUGAGAGUCAAUGAACUCAUGAGUCAAUACAUUGUUAUGCGUUGCAGUCGUUCUUGUUCCCAACAACAAAUCGGAGGCCUUUUAAAAGACGCGUUUGCCUCUAAAGAGGUGUGGUGUAUUUAAUAACUUGCAUUGCGUACACUAGACAUGUCAGUCUUAUACUGGGUGUGUGUGCCCAGGUAUAAAAAGUCCCUGACACCUGUGAAACGCUUGUGGUUUAGCAGGGUGUUAUUUUGCUCUGUUUGUAUGUCCUCAUAUGGGUUGGACAGUUGCGUACUCGAUGUUCCCAACCAAGGGUGAGGGUUCUGAGAAACACAAUGCAUGACUGCAAAUGUGUAUAUCUCUUUUCCAACCGCUGUAUUUGCUUCAAUGUCAUGUAGCUUUCUCUUUAAGGACGCUGCAUGUACUACGAGUUCCCGCUCGUCUUGUUCUAUUUCCAAAGAACUCUAAAUGUAAACGCUAAACAGCUUCAAUGACGUAAACCACUUAGAAACAAAGAAGGCGUGCUAAGAGUCUCUUUGUGAGCUUUACUUUUCCGUUCUCCUCGCUGCGUCUAUCAAUCGCAACCGCCCACAGACCCUCGCACGAGCACAAGGGGGCUGACAAACACUGGGGCUCCCCACACGUCACGUGCCGGUGAGGUAGCGCUCCGUUCCAGGAAGAACCUCCCGUAGUGCGGAAGGAACAUCUGCGCGGUUUGUUCUCUGUCGCUCACAAGUGUCUUACUGAAGUCUUCUUUAGGGAGGGGAGAAAAGUUGGCUUUUUUCUAGGACGUAGGUCACAGCUGCCGGUAAUCUCACGUUGCACUGGUGCGUCAUGACUCAUCGAGAGUGACUCAUUUGGUGCAGGCUCUCCAAACCUUUUUAUGGCUCUCGCCAGAGCAACUAAUGAGAACAGGUGGUUAUCAGGUAGACGGGUCCCAUAUCAAGUGUACAUAUUGUCCACUUGUCAAUGAACUCACGAGUCAAUACAUUUGUCUGUGUGUCUGAAUUCCAGUAAUGGUACAGUGUACAGUGUAUUGAAUUUGAAACAGAAAAAAAUAUAAGCGGCCACUCACUGAAUGUUUGACAAAGAUGAGUGGAAAGAACUACAGGUCUCAAGACCUGUUUUAAAAGUUAAGUGCUUUGACAUUUUUCUGGAAACCUGCCCCAAAUUAGUAAAAUAUUACCUUGUUUGUGCCCCCUGAUGCCACAGAGUGUAAUAUAAUUAAUUGUAGCAUGUAUAUAGUAAAUACAUUACUAUUAUUAACAUAUUAACAUUAACAUUUUUGUCACAGCAUUAUUUUUAAUGUUUAGUCAUCCUUGUGCAUUCAAGUUGGGACGACAGGAAUGAUUUGUGUUAUGUUAACGUAAAAUGGACUAUAUGCAUGCGUGACUUCCGCGUUCCACGGUCAGAACCCUCGGCAGUUUCCGGUUGGGGAGACUUAAAGCAGAGCGAAAUGGAAAAAUGAGAAAAUAGUUACAUUUUGCAGAUGCUGUACAUUGCGGCACUCAGCAGCGGUAUAUAGAAGUGCUGUUCUACUGUAUUUGAAAUGAUACUUUCAUAAGUUAACAUUUCGUUAUAACAUUCAAAUACAGUAGAACUUUUUCUUGUUUUUGCAGGUACAACUUUGAUUGUUUUGCUUGUAGUCAAUGUGUCUCCUGUACAGCUGCUUUGUAACAAUGAAAAUUGUAAAAGCGCUAUAUAAAUAAAGUUGAGUUGAGUUGAGUUGAACGCCACUGCUAUACCACUGCUGUGUGCCAGAUUUCGCAGGAAAUUUUUCAACACCUAUAUAGUACGUAAAGUAAUCUGCAAUUUUAUGUUUUAAACAGAGAUGGCGAUAGAGAGAAACGUUACUGAAAGCAGUUUAAGUGUCUACUAUUUGUGCACUCAAGAGAUCAAGUCUACUACAACUGUUUUAUAAGGUGACGAUUUUGUAUGAAUUUGUGUGAGUAUUAAAAAAAAACAAGAAUAAAGGUCUACCUCUAAACCUUACAUCACUGGUGAGAAACAAGAUGAUAUUGAAAUAUACAAAUGACAUUUCAUACGAAAUAGCCACCUUGUAAAAUUGCCAUUAAAUGAUGUUGUGUCUAUCGUGAAUACAGUACUGCAGGCUAUGAGGCAUUCAGAAAAUGCACAAAGACGUGGAAUUUCUGCUAUAGUGAAAUGAGUUUCUGGUAAGGACACACACAUAGGAAUUCCUGUGAAAUCUGUUGCUGUACACUUUGUACUGAGUGACCUAAGUUCACUCUGUACUUUCACUUCAGUUUGACACGCUGCCAAAAAUGAAUGCCUUCCGCAUCCCCUAUUGAGUUUAUCCUUGGUGAAUUGAUCCGGUACAACUGAUAUUACACCCCCCAUAGAUGGUAAAGUACAGUUUGUACGUUUAGAAACACCAUUCUUUAUUAUUAUUAUUUCUCUUUUUAUUAAUAUUUUAAAAUCAUCAAGCAUGGGAAUUAUGCAGUGACCAUGAAUAAGCUUAAAUAAAAACGUACAUUUCAGAUCUUUUAAUAAAGCCUAUAAAAUUAUCUUGAUGGAUUACAGCUCUUGGCAUUCUUGAAAUGCUUUUUCGAGAAGUUCCCACAUACGCCGGGCACUUGUUGGCCACUUUUUAUUUAAAGCUCAGUACAGUUCAUCCAAUUAUAAAAACGUCGAAAUUACACUUAGUUCAGCAGAAAAACUGAUGCACAGAUAUGUAUUUGUCAACCAAAGGUUGCAUUUAAGCGUAAACCAAAACUUGCACCUCAUUGGAAAUCCAACAAGUCGUUAAGACUCUUAUAGUGUGUACCGCAUAUUCAGAGUAGAACGAAUUACAAGAAAAGUGAUUCACAAAUUCACGUCUUCCCAUAUCAGCUCCAUCCCCCACAACACAAGGCGCCGAAUGAAUCCUCUAACAAGUGCUAAACAGAAGCUAAACGUCCCUCCUGUCCAAACGGGGAGACAGAUGGACCGGGAGAGUCCAUGUGCCUCACACAUUUCCAUUUUUGACCAUGCCUGCAGUUGUCCUCCUAAAAUAACCCCCAUUCCUCACGACCUUAUUUGUGCAAGGCCUGUGCGAGACCACAGUCUGGAGGAGAAUCAGAUAUCCAGGCCACGCAACACACGCCACGGUCUCGUUGUGGCUUUGCAGGCCAGCAUACAGCUUGGUGUAAAAGUGGUGGUCCGUAACUAUAUGAUCUGCAUUUCUAACUCGCUAUGCAUCUCACAGAACUGGAUCAGGAGUGUUUGCUACACCUUUUUUCUCAUCUUGACAAGGAUAGUCGCCGGAGCCUGUCUUUGACCUGCUGGCGGCUACGAGAUGUCUUCCUGGACCCUCAGCUAUGGAUGCUACUCCACUUCAGGUCUCCCUGCGAGCUAAAGAGAGACAACUUUGUUUUGGGCCCGUCGCUGAGGUACCUGGCGAUAUGCUGGCACUCCAGCAGGGUCAAAGUGUGUAACAUCGAGGACUGGAUGAAGACCACAUUCCAGAAGGAUCUUUGCAGCAAGCACGAGAGUCUCGUCAGUGACUUCCUCGAGCGUGUUUGCCACAUGUGUCCGAAUUUACUCUCUCUGACUCUUUCUGGAUGCGGCCACAUAACGGAUGACAAUGUCAUCAAUGUGCUUCGGAGCUGCAGGGGUCUGCGCAGUCUGAGUCUAGAGAACUGCUCCCGGAUGACAGACUCCAUCCUGCAGGCUGUGGUGGACCCUGGACACAAUCUCACAGAAAUGAGGGUGGACUUCUGCCGCAACGUGACCCAGGCAGGGCUACAGGAGGUCAGAGAGAAGAGACCAGAAAUACACUUGAGCGCACUACACAGUGCAGAUAUGAUUCCAGACAGCAAGCCUGAGGAGAAGACGCAGAUCAGGAGAGCUCUGCAGAAGUUCCUGAUCUUCUCCUGAGAGCUAUGAGACAUUUACAUAGAUCUUAAGACCUCAAGUUGAUGCUGUCAAGUUGAACAUUCAGAAUAUUCCUCUUUUAGAUGUUUUAUUAUUUUUUACUUGUUAAAAGUGUCAAAUGUGUGGGUUUUCUUCUCAUUCCUUAUUUUGUAGUUUUAAAGGUUUCCAAGUUCUUGUAAAGCCUUCAUAUAUUACGUUUUCUAUUCAAUGUCACUGCAGUGUUCCAUAUUUAUAUUCACUCUUCCAACUUUUGAAACUUUUGUGUUAUCAGCAAUUGGUUCAUAUAAUUCCAGUACUCAUUCUUUGGACCUUCACUGGCAUGAGUUAUUUCUUAUUUGUUUGUAUAUUGCAUUUCCUGAAAUGACUUGUCGGUCAAGUAAACAGGACAAAGAAUAACUGGCCCAACCACACAAAUUACAACCAAAGUCUAUUUUGAUAUUGAACUCUAUUUAUUUAAAUAUAUAACAACACAGCAUGCAUAAUCUAAGUUUAGCUCUGGAAAUACUCAUAUUUCAUUUUUUCCUCAUUGUGAGUAUUUGGACUUCUUCCCAGUUAUGCAAAAAGAACUUGGCACAGCACAUAAUUUAAUUAACAAUGUAAUACAUUUGAGGAUAAUUCAGUCCAGGCUGCUGGAUACAUUGAGUGAACAAGUGGUAUUACAAUACAUGAUAAAGUAACAGAUAUCAUAUGGAUCUCAUAUGAAAACACCUGUCUGUCUACAGUAUAAAUGUAACACUGCACAACACCUAAUAGCCAAUUGUGAAUCCUAAAUCCUCCUGGGUUGGUACUUACUAGUUUGUAAGUCCAUAAUGUGACAUCAACUGAUUUUGGGAAAAGUGACUUGCAAAGCUUCAUUUGUACAGUAUUUAUCUUUUUUAGUUGUUAACAGAUUUAGGAAGGUUUAAAACUCUAUUGCAACAAAAGUGAAGGACAAAUAAUGCACAUUAAGUGAGAAAUGUAUGAAAAUUUGGAAUGGAUGCGAAAUUUUAUUGCUGAAUUCUGUCAGAUCAUGAACUGGCUCAAUUCUUAAUGAAUUUUGACAUUUUUAUAUUUUUAUUUCUCCAUUAAACAUAAACACUUGUUUAUAAACUACUUUCAGCAUUCACAAGUACAAUUUAUUCUGAUUGGAAACUGCUUGCGUCCACCAUUAUUUGAUUAAAAUUCCUAUUAAAAGAAACCUUGUA